AUGUCAGAACACUUUUUAGUGUUAAUGGACAGAUCAGCUGCAGUCAGCCAGCCAGUGAGACAAAGGCCUGCUGGAAAGAAAAGGGAAGAGGAUGGUGAGAAGGAGGUGGAAAAGAGGGGGACCAUAAUUAAAGCACUGACAGACCAGAAGGUGAUGGCAACAGAGGCUCUGAGCAGGAGGAACAUCUGGGAGCCGAGUGUUUAUUAUGCGCUGGGAAAUGAGUCUUUUUAUUUUGCCGGUCACGACAUCAGCAUCCGAGAAUCCAUGGAUACGUACGGCGCUCUGAUUUGGCCCGGGGCAAUAGCUUUGUGCCAGUUCUUGGACAAUAACCAGCAACAAGUGAACCUGAUGGACAAAGCAGUACUCGAGAUUGGAGCUGGGACAGGCUUAGUCUCUGUUGUGGCAAGUCUGCUCGGUGCUUGGGUGACAGCAACAGAUCUGCCAGACAUAUUAUCUAAUCUGACCUUCAACCUCCUGCGAAACACCAAGGGCCGCUGCCGCUACACCCCCCAAGUGUCUGCCCUCUCCUGGGGUCGCGACCUGGAUCGAGACUUCCCCUAUCCAUCGUACCAUUAUGACUAUGUGCUCGCGGCUGAUGUGGUCUAUCACCACAACUGCCUUGAAGAACUCCUGAAAACUAUGUGUCACUUUUGCCGACCAGGAAGUCAAACAGCUCUACUGUGGGCCAACAAGAUCCGGUUCCAGUCAGACCUGAGGUUCACAGAGUGCUUCGAGAGCAGUUUUAACACCACACUGCUGAUCGAGCUACCACAGCAGGAGAUCAGGAUAUAUAAAGCCAUAGCAAAGGAGUGA